UCUGCAGCAGCAAAAUGCCGUCUGGUUAUUUAGGAGUAUUUGUGUGUAUGGCCGUCGUGAGUGAAACGCCAGGUGAAGAACUGAAGAAGUGACAUCCAACUGAGAACCGAGCAAGCGCAAGCACAGCUGUCGCUUUUGAAGCGCUCCCAGGGGAGUCUAUGGGAGGGUUCAGGACGAGUCGAUCCUUGAACAGAAGCUCCUGAUUGGCCGCUUCCAGCCAGAUACAUUCUUAUUGGCCAAUCGAAUCAUCCUACAGCCUCUUUUGCUCGUCCUCUGCCGUGGCCUCCUAAUUAUGCAAAUGGCCCUGCUCACCUAAUGUUGCCACCAUCAGUCUCUUGUUUGCGCUUUUCCCAAAACUACCAGGCCAAAGUUCAACCAGACAUCAGUUUUCAGCCUCAGAUUGCCUUUUGAUGCUACAAGCCACAAGUGACGAAUCAAACAAAACCUAGUGUGAUCGGUUCUUAGCUACUGUAAAAUGCUUUUCGUUGAUGUGAACUUGAUGACUCUCAAAGACUGUUUUAGUGAUUUUUACGAUUAAUUACCUCUCAACUUUAUGCUAUAUUGAUUGAGUGAAGAUGGCGGCCGAGAGUUCAACGAGUCUCCCCGAGCAGUCGGAGCCCCCCUCUCGAAGCCUCAACUUUUCGAUAGCAAAAAUAAUGGAGCCCGACAACAAAUCAAAAGACGACAGUCGUAGCAAAAUUGUAAAUAUCCCGUAUCCAACUCCCCUAGAAUCAGCGUUCAAGAAAUACGUUCCAAACAUGUUGCGAUCGCAGGACUUGUUACAACAAUACCCCCUAGUGUACUACCACCCUAGUCAAUUAAUGCUAAGUUCAGUGUACUCAUCCGAGAGCAGUACCCCUCCCAACCCUCCUCCCAGCCUCAGUACCCCCAUUCAGUUCCCCCCCAAGCCGUGCCCCCCCAAGCGCAGCGAGUCCAAGCCCUCCAUCGUGACCCCCUCCAGCACCGCCAAGCAGAAGAGCUUCGAGUGUGGCGAGUGUGGUAAAGUUUUCAACGCGCAUUACAACCUCACCCGCCAUAUGCCGGUCCACACCGGGGCACGGCCUUUCGUCUGCAAAAUCUGCGGGAAGGGCUUUCGGCAAGCUUCCACUCUGUGUCGCCACAAAAUCAUCCACACGUCCGAGAAGCCCCACAAAUGCCACACUUGCGGGAAGGCCUUCAACCGCUCCUCCACCCUCAACACGCACGCGCGGAUCCACGCGGGCUACAAGCCCUUCGUGUGCGAGUACUGCGGGAAGGGCUUCCACCAGAAGGGCAACUACAAGAACCACAAGCUCACCCACAGCGGGGAGAAGGCCUACAAGUGUACAGUGUGCUCCAAGGCCUUCCACCAGAUCUACAACUUGACCUUCCACAUGCACACGCACAACGACAAGAAGCCCUUCACUUGUCGCGUUUGCGGCAAAGGGUUUUGUCGGAAUUUUGACUUGAAGAAGCACAUGCGCAAGCUGCAUGAGAGUACUUCCGCCUCCGAUUCGGACUUCGUGGCCAAUGCCGCGCCGCCGGCUGUUUAUCCGAACGAAAGGGACUUGCACCAUUUCAUCAGUCCGUUUUUACGGCCGCCUGUGCCGGUCUAUUCGAAAUUAUUGUGACCGUUUUAAUUUCACUACUUGAUGAUCUCUUAUCGAUGUGCAAUAUUGCAGGGCUGGCCGCAUGGGGCACCACUGCUUAGACUAAAUUGUAAAAAUGUGUAAUUUAGUACCACAUGUAAUACUCAAAUAAAUGUUAUUUAAUACUCAAA